UUAUAUUUCAGUCAUUUAUUUUCGGUUUUUCUUUGAACAUUAAAUGAUGGGCCACAAUGGAGUUAUAAACUAAAGGCCCCAAUUGAAAUCUCUCUCAAAAACUUUCAGUCAAAUCUUGAGAACAGAAAGAAAGUCCACGCGAGGACAUAAGCGCGUGUGAUUUAAAAUCGUCGUCGUCGUCUUCCACACCGACUUUAAUCUGAUUCUUAGAAUCGCCGUUUGGUUUUUAACCAGAGAGAUUAUCUACCAAGGAACGAUGAUUAUUGAAAGAGCUCGAGUUCCGUUGAGCCGAUGGCAACAAGCGGCCGUGGCGAUGGGAUCUGCUCUCGGUGCGUUGGUUGAUCCUCGUAGAGCGGAUCUAAUCGCUGCUCUCGGCGAAACUACCGGUAAACCAGCUUUUGAAAUGGUUCUUGAGAGAAUGAAGAAGAGCGAAGAAGGAAGAGCUAUAUUAUUGGAGCGUCCUCGAGUUGUGUCAGAGCAAGUAGGUCAUGCUUGGGAUCUACCAGAAAACACAUUUGGAGCUGCAUAUGCUAAAUUCAUGGGAUCUAGAAACUUCUCUCCCGAUGAUCGUCCGCCCGUAAGAUUCAUGGAGACGGAUGAAUUGGCUUACGUAGCGACACGGGCACGCGAAGUUCACGACUUAUGGCACACUCUGUUUGGCCUUCCUACGAAUCUUAUCGGCGAGUCGUCUUUGAAAGUUAUCGAGUUUGAGCAAAUGUAUCUUCCGAUGUGUAUGCUCUCUGUGAUUGGAGGUACUGUGAGGUUCAACGAGAAGCAAAGAUCAAUGUUCUUGAAGCAUUACCUUCCUUGGGCUGUUCGUGCUGGAAGACAAUGCACUGACCUCAUGUGUGUGUACUAUGAGCGUCACUUUAGUGAAGACUUGGAGCAAGUUCGUAGAAAAUGGGGAAUCAUCCCUGCUCCUCAACAUCCUAAAUGACGGUUCUAGUUUAAUCUGUUUUCGAAUCACUUAGUUAUGCCAAAUCUCUUAUAAAUGUGUAGUGGAUUGGAUUAAAAGUUGUACUCGCAUUUGAUGGUUAAUAAGAGACAAGUUGGGAAGUUUUUGAUUCAAACAUUUUUUCAGCAAAAUAUUACAGAUAAGAGUUGAGACAAGAAACCGACUUCUUAUCAUUUAAAGGCUCACAUCAAACAGUUUCAUAGU